GGCCGUUCAGCACGAAGCAGACGGUGCCGGCUCGCUACAUAGUCCCGGAUCCGUUGGACACGCUCCCGGGACCGGAAACGAGACGGAACCUGACGGCGGCGACGAUACUGGACGCGCAAGAGCUCGGCGCCCGUCACCUGGACAUGUCGGCUCAUCUGGUUGGAAGCAGCGUGCCGCGUGACUCGCCGGUGCUCAGAGUGCUCUUUCAUGCCGGAAGCGAGGCGGGCGGAAGGCGUCAGUUGCUCCUGGCCCGGCAUCAGAGGGUCUGCGUUGUUCUGCACGCGAGUCUAGCUACCCCAGCCAGAAGCACCGCCAACAGGAACAACGGUAGAAGCUACUCCUCCUCUUCCUCCUCCUCCUCUUCCGCCUCCACCUCUGCGUCUUCCCCUUCCUCCUCCUCUUCGUCCUCGUACUCCUCCUCCUCCUCUUAUUCUUCUUCUUUCUCCACGACGUCCGCCCUGACAGCUGCCUGCAGCCCGGAUGGAGAGAACGGAGUGUGCCUCGCGCAGAUCACUAUACCCGCCGAUUGGUGGGCACCGUUACCACCUCCGGACGCUUCCGGCCGGGUCAAGGUCGCCAAGAGCCUGCCAAGGCUCGUGCAGGUCGCCUACUCCGUGCUCGAGCCGCGAACCGAGGAUAUCGGCUCCGCGGACACCGGGACCGGCUUCUGCAGGCCCAGAGUACAGAUUCAGCCCGUCACGCCCCUCGGACAAAUACCGCUCGCCCCGAACCGGGCGGAGUACAAGGAGCUCAAGGUCGACGACUCGUUGACUCUGUUGGUCCCUCAUGGACCGUUGUACCCGAGAUCCAGGUUACACGUACCGGUGUUCCUCCACCCGGCCAAACCCGCGGACUCCAGGGAGGGCAGGGCGCAGUUCGUCGUCACCGUGUACCUUAAAGCCAGGAUGAGGUCCGUCGUGAAGAUCCUAGGUGCUUCGCCGAGCAGUCCGAACUGGACGCUCGAGACCGACAUCCACCCGAAGAACACGAUCGCCCUGUUCGUCGCGAGGCGGAAGGACACCGUCCCCAGAGUACCGAACGCAUCGGCGGAGGAGAUCAUGACGAUGCUUCUGGAGGCCAGCGAGGAGGGCGUGGAAGGAAAUAGAGACGCAGGACGCAUCGUAUGGGGCGUGCGUUACACUUUCGAGGACGAGGAGGACAACGGGUCGUCGCAGUUCAAUGGGAUGCGGGAUCAUCACCCUGCGGAGAGACGGAAGCUGCAAGCUAGGUUCGAGAUACAGAAGGACGACAUUCAGGCUGUCCUGCCUAUCUCCAAGAACUGGGAGGUGAUGAACACCGCGGUGCUGACGGGACGGCAAGUGUCGCAGGGAAUGAAAGUGUUCAUCGUCAGCCAGGCCGGUACCGUCGCCGACGUCACGCUCCAGUCCUCCUGUCACUCCGAGGAUGAGAGUGUACUUAAGGUGUCGUCUUCCUGCAGCAGCGUGUACGUGGACGGCACCGAGAUCCGAGGGUCCAGCAACGCGUCCGUGUUGGUCAAGUACGGUACGUACACCGGUCUAGCCAAGUUCACGGUGUGGAUGCCGGAGUUUCCCCUGGCGAUCACAGUCGAGGACACCAGGCUCAGCCAGAUCAAAGGCUGGAAGGUCCCCGAGGAGCACGUGGUCAGCGCCAAGAGUAAACGCAGCCUGAACGCCACUGGCUCAAGGGCGAACGAGUCUUCCGCGAAAACGAAGAAGAGGAGCGCGGCGGACGUCGAGGACUCGAUAGACGACACCUCGAUGGACGUGGACGACGCCGACGUGAUCCUCGAGGAGGACGAUCAGGACGAGAGGUUCCGGGGGAACGAUCCCGGCUGGGACACGAUCAAUUCCAUCGAGAGAGGCUCGUCGACCUUGUGCAGACUGAGGUUCCAGCAGAGUCCGGUCGAGGUUCACGCGAGAUUCUUGGCUACCGAUCACGACUCCGGCAGGGUCUCCUACUUCGUGAACCGUAGGACUUGGCUGCGGGUCACCGACCUAGUGAUGGGGAUGCUGCGCGUGUCGGAUCCCAGAAUAGCCACCCUCUUGCAGGGGAGGAUCGUGCAAGGUCGCGGUGUAGGUAUAACGGAAGUGCAGGUACUCUCGCCGAUCACUGGCAGAAUCAUCGGAGCGAAGGAAGUGAAGGUCGGGAACGUGCGGGUGGCCGUCACCAGGCUGUCGGUCAGGGUUGUGUCCGGUCUGCAGCUCACCAUCAGUCCGGACAACGCCAUAGAGAACGGCUACGUUGCCGAAACUUCGGUCACCAGGCGGUUGACAGCUAAAUAUCAGGAGGGCUUAUUGGACAUAGACGUCGAAUUCUCGGACGGCACGAGAACACCGCUACGGGAGAUCGCCGUGACCGAUUACCAUUUGUCGGUGGAGAGCUUGGAUCAAGAAGUAGUGGCGUUCGCGCCGAUGGUCGCCUCCCAUCAUCCCCGUGUGAUCGCCGUGGGCGAAGGACGGGGCGAUCUGCUGCGAGUCAAGCUGCAGUUGGCGGACGCUUGCCGUCUAGGCGGCAGGAGGUCUGGGAAAGUGUCUCAAAGGGCGACGACGUCCGCUUUGGCUACCGCCUCGGCCAACGUCGAGGUGGACUUCGCUUCGAGCGAGCUCCCCAAUCGACCCGAGUUCGUGCAGAACGAUGGAGGCGGCACUGUUGGGUCUCACCACCACAGAGAAAGGAAGACCAGCAGGGGGGAAAUGGCGCCAGAUAUGCGCGACAUUCUCAUUGGAGGAAUGAGCGGCGUCGGUAUACGGCACCACGGCGGAGCGCGCAUGAGCCCACUCGAGAUCGGAAUAUACGUCCUCUUGGCGGCCUUCUGUUUCGCUAUCGUCGUCUUCGUCGUCUCCUACGUGGUCUACGCCAGCAAGUUCAAGCAUCAGCCGCCAGACUCGCCGCUGGCGGACUCCUCCGCGCUUCCGGUCCUCUCCGGCGCGGCGAGGGCGAGAGCAGCCGCCAACCAGCUGGCCUCGGGACGAAGACCACCCAGAGAAUCGACGACGAACGCUCACGACUGGGUCUGGUUGGGUCGAGCCACUCUCGAGAGGGCUGCUUGCGGACCUCAGCAGGUACGAGUGACCAGCAAUCCUCUGGCCAAUGAAACCGACGGGGACACCAGCGAGCUGGCCACUUGUUUCGACAAUCCCAACCACAUCGAGCUUCCUUCUUCCGGGCAACGCACCACCAACGGACCUAUCGACACCACCACGUACUGCAAGAGGGACAAGCAUCCGAGGAACAGUUUCGCCGCGAAAUCCGCGGCAAGACCGUCGGUCGCUGUAACGGCGACCACCGUCACUACUCCGGCGUCUAUGGCAACGUCCACCGUCACCACAUCGCGAAACGAUAACGACGACAUUCCGCCGCCCCUGCCGCCGCACGGAGUUCCAGUCUCGACCGGCAUGAACACGACCGCGGCCACGAUCGCCACGUCCACGAACAACAACAACAACAACAACGGCAACGACGACUACAAGCCGCCGGUGCCGCCGCACAGGAACACGGGCGUGAUCGUGCGGCUGCCGGAGACGCCGCGCAAGCACCGGCACAGAGCGUCGAGCGGCAGCGCGGCCGGAAGCCAUCACGGGAACAACCAGCGGCACAGCAAGCAGAUCCAUCAUAUCAAGCCAUCGCACGGUAAAGCUAGAGUAGGUAGCCCGAAAGAGAUCGGCGCGGCGGAGGAGGAGGAGUUCGUCGAGCUAGUGAAUCACGAUGACAACAGGCACUCGAAGGACGCGAGAGCGAGGGAGGUGAAGAGGGCGACGAUCGUCGGUAACCCGAUGUUCUCGUCGUUCUCGACCACGGCGGUCGCAUCAUCGAUGAACGUGUCAAGCCCGACCGUAGCCUCAUCGUCCUCGUCACCGCCUAACUCGUCGCCGUCCUCGUCAUCCUCGUCCUCCUCCUCCUCCUCCUCAUCCUCGUCCCAGGAGCAGGAGGAGUCGGUGGCGUUGGACGACCUGAAUCUAGGCAUGGACUACAACCAGAUCAUGCAGUACUUCGACAACCUGAAGGAGUCGAACGCCUAGGUGAAGGCGUGCGGCCUUCGAGAAGGCCGAGAGUAGUCAACGUCGAUACGGAACGCCGGCGGAUGAUCCUUUCUCGCCGGGAGCGCGGCGGCCGAGCUCGCGUCCACGUCUCUCCGCUUCCUCUCUAUCGCCAUUAGCACGUUUACAUCGAGAGGGCCGAGCCCGGCCGGCCGCCGCCGUCGCCGCCGUCCGGUCGUUUUGUAUUCUAGGCUAUAAUCUAGUCAGCUUCCUAGCAGCACAUCAAGAGUAUCGCGCAAAACGCAUCGACACACACUUAAAUACGCGUUCUCUCGUAACAGGUAUAAUCAGCGGAAGACGUAGAGUAUAUAGAGUGGACGGCUCCGCCGGGGCGGCCGGGAACGCGGCGCGCCCCGCCGCUGGACGUUCGAUAUCUCAGGAUCGCAUUCGGUAUACCUUUUGUACGCUAGAAUACUAAAAGGCCUGAGACAGACAAAGAGAAAUCCCGUCGCGACUUCUUCUGUUUAACGGGAACACGGGAUUUCUCAGCGGAUAAUGUUCCCAGGGGUUCAAACACUGUACAGCUUCCGUCGACUAUACACGCAUACACAUACUCGCAGAGGCUUUAAAACGAAAAAGGUGUGAUCGUCGGUGGCCGGUGGGGUAGGUAGAUCGCGCGCUCGAUUCGACCAGCUUUCUUCUCGUUGUUCUUUUUUUUCUUUCUUUUUUUUUGUCCCCCUCCGCGGAUCGAUCGACCGGCGAUCCUCGCUUCCGCCUCCGUGCACUAUCGAUCUCUCGCUCAAGCCCUCUGUUCGCGACGG